AAUGUAGGCAAGCUAAAUAAAGACAGAUAUAAUAGUGUAGGACAGUCCACGGAAUAGUUUGGUAGAGUCUUGGUCCAGCAUAUUUUAUUCCAGAAAGUGAUCUUUCGUAUACAGUGUACGUAUAGAUAAUUGUCAGUAAGGUGCAGAAGUUUGAACAAAUAUGUGCGUUGCUUUAUAUAUGAUUUGUUGCUGUGGCUGGGUCGUUCUCCAGGGAUAGAAGAAAUAUUCCGAAGGAACAGAUGAGCCUGGUGUAUAUUUAGACAUAUAUUAAGUGUACAAGACAACGGCUUCUAUAGACUAUCACGUGGAAUGAGUUACACUGACAUUGAUAUCCAACCACGAAAAUAAUAUGAAUGUUUUAUCACUCUCGGUUAUUCUGUUUGGGCUAGCUAUAAAACAUCAUAAUGGUUUUGCUAGUGACGCUAAGGAGUUUAGACCAUUGACGGAAAGACUCCCAGAAUUUCGAAAAAUAGCUGUAGACUCUUCAGGCAGGAACAUAUAUAUUGGUGGUAAAAACUUUAUCUAUCACCUGGACGAGGACUUAACACAGGUAGGAGUGGUGGAAACAGGCCCACGGAGAGAUUCUAAGGAAUGUACAAAAGUGGACGUGGACAGUGAGAGAAGUGGAUGUAACAUUCAGCUGUACGACGACUUCACUCAGCUGUUACAGGUGUAUGAACCAGGUGGUAUCCUUGUAACGUGUGGUACCCUGUAUCUUGGGAGAUGUGUUGGUAGAAAUUUAAGGGAUAUUUCUAUUGUAAACAUAACAAGCAUUUCCUAUCUUGCUGUUAGUGCAGAUGAGACAGGUUCUACUGAAAGUGUAAUAGCAAAGGUUGGUACGGAAUCGCUUCUCUUUGUGGGGAAAUCGUAUGUUAAAACGACAGAAAAACUUGAAAACAUCUACACACAAGUGAGAGAUAUCAUUUAUGGAGGACAACUACAAGAAAACAAUUUACUGGAACCAUAUGAAACUAGCACAGGUGUACAAACUACAUUUAGUAUCAAAACUGUGAACAAUCAUGCAGAACAAAAGUAUGGAUUUGUUAUAAAAGACAUGUUUUAUAUGUCAGACUCUAUAUAUUCUCUUUUAAGAAUAAUGGACCGAACUACACGUAGAACUGUGUCCAAAGUUGCCAAAAUGUGUGCAAUGGCCUUCGGCACAUCUGGUGCCAACAGCUAUGAAGACAUGCCGAUUGAGUGUUCUGGGUUUCCAUAUGUCCAGGAUGGAUUCGUAAUUCAGCAUGGGAGUAGUGAGGUGCUAGUUGCACUUUUCUCAUCAACUGCUGAUGUAACUAAAAAUACUCCUAGUGCUGUGUGCGUAUUUACGGAAGAUGAACUGCUAGAGGGAUUUAAAAAGUCACGUAUGAAUCCUACAUCCUGUGCCAAUCCAAGGAGCUAUCCGGUAGACUAUCUGCAGAUACAGGGUAACAGAGGGUGCGUGAAUUACUGCUCAACAACGGAUCCAUUGUGCCAAAUAUUCAAUACAACUACCUACUGUAACGGAUUGCCAUCACUUUCCAGCCUCGUUGGAGUGAUACCACUAACAAUGUCACCAGUGUUUAAUGGAACAGGACUGACAAGUCUUGGAGGAAGUUUCAGGAAUAAUCUUACAACCAUCGUAGUGGGAACACAGAUAGGAACCAUCUUCAAGCUGUUCCUUAAAUCGACCGUGGAUGCUAGGCUGCUCGGAAUGGUUCAGGAGGACAGGACCUGGAAUAAACCAAUACUUGACAUUUUGACCUCCCCGUUACACCGGACAUAUCUUCUCACAGAGUUUAAUGUUGUAGAGCUGCGAAGUCCAGAUCAUUGUGACACCAGUAGUUGUUCCGACUGUAUGGACUUAGCUGAUAGCAAGUGUGGCUGGUGUGUACUUGAUGGAGGGGCAUGUAUGGAGAAAACUUCCUGUAGUGUCGGAUCGUUCUGGCUGCCAUCUGUGGAGGGGGAAUGUUUGAGACUUUAUACAUUCCCACCAGGCAUUAGACAUCAGUUCACAUCAACAACAACAAAUGUAUCUGUGAUUCUUAGCCCUCCCGUCCCCAUCAGUGGAGAUGACUGGCAAUGUCAAUACGGCACCAAUGAAUGUAAGCCUGACGGAAUACCAUGCAAGUCAGAUCUGAUCAUUUCAGGCUCAAUGAUGUUCUGUUCAAUUGAAGCUAGAACAGCAUUCCGUCAACAUGUUAAAUAUGCAGAUUUCAAAGUUAUUCGCAAACGUGCUCCAACCUAUGUGUUGGUUGAAGGAUGGCACAUUCUCUUCUACGACUGUACAGGAUUUCAAACGUGUUAUGAGUGUCUGACCAAUCCUAAAGCCAUCUUCUGUUUCUGGGACCCUGUAGCGGCUUCAUGCACGAAUACGUAUAAUGUGAGAAGCUACUACAAGUACAGCGAGUCUUCAAGAUGUCCUUCCAUAACUGAAAGCAAGUUUGUCGUAAUACCGAAUAAUGAAACAGCUGAUGUCGUGAUAUCGGGACAUAACCUACCGUCUAACGUAUCUGACCAGUACCGGUGUUAUAUAAACGGGCAGACUUUCAAUGUUAGCACUGUGAAUUCAACGUCAAUCACGUGUUUGGAAGUGAAGAUAUCCUAUUCUAGGCAGACGCGAAAAGAGGAUAUUCCCGUACACAUACAUUAUAGGGGUGUGCUGAUAGAUAGCCAUGGAAAUGUUACAGCCACAGUAUACAAGUGUGAGUUUCUCGCUGACAGCUGCUACUUAUGUUAUUACCUUCGUACGAUGGGAUACCUCUGUAGUUGGAGCCAAGUACGACAACUCUGCGAGUAUAUGUCAACCAUCAACAUACAACAAUGCCCUCCGCCCAUUGUAUCUUCGGUUUUUCCAAGCAGCGGCCCAGUCAGCGGGGGUACUAUACUUACUAUUGAAGGAACAGACUUUGGUGGUACGCCCGGUGAUAUUGACAGCAUUUUCAUUUCGAACAUCCCUUGUUUGAUAGUUAAUUCUACAUUUCAUCCAACAAGUGUAAAAUGCCGAACAGUGGGGACCUCUAAGGAACAACUUGGUGCCAGAAUUGUUAUCAAGGUCAAAGGCAAGGAUUCCACAAAUGUCAUCACCUUUAACUACGUGGAACCUGUGCUUUACAACUUUUACCCGACGUAUGGAAUCAGGGCUGGUGGCAGAUUAUUGACGUUAAAGGGCAGUAACCUACUAUCUGGAGACCAGAACCGUAUGAAGGUGGAGUUAUAUCAUACCAAACAAACAUCAGUACCAGUGCUGUGCGCAUUAACGGCAGUACAGCCGAAUGUCAACAAUGUCGUGUGCAGAGUCGAUCCUUACAGAGGUGUUCAGCUUCCUUUUUCCUUUGAUGGGGUGAAUGUUACUUAUGAUGGUGGAGCGUUGACUACCUCAAUGGGAAACAUAAAUUUCACUUUUGUCGACAACCCGAGUAUAACCAUUUACUCACAGGAUAUAUCUGCGGAAGGAGUGGAAAUGACUGUAACAGGGACACAAUUAAGUGCGAUAUCCGAUAUAAAAAUAGGACAGUCUGUCUGUCAAGUCUUGAACGACACGAUGCUAACUUGUCCAGUCAUCCUAAGUGUUGCGUCUGUGGAAGGCAGUGGUUCGUGUGAGCAGGACCAGACUCUGUCUUUGGACAACUACAACUACCAAUUCCAAGUAAUAACAACACAAAACACCGCAAGGAAUAAUACUGGAACCAAACGUUUGACCACCAUAAAGACAUCGUGCUUCACAAGGGCUGCUGUCUCCGCCGAAGGCUUGCAGGUUUUCACGGGAUGUGCCAAAUACGUAACUUGUAUCGGGAAAUACAAAAUAUCAAAUACCGAGUUUUGCUAUGGCAGUACUCACCAAUACCCGCUCUGUUGUAUAGCUAGCUACUGUAACGAAGAUCAACUGUUGAGGCUGUCCCUACAGCAAGUCAAUGAGGGUAACGCUGACGAGGUUACUAGCCAACUGAUAGACAUAUCUACUACAUCCGAAACAUAUUUACCGACAGACGUAAACCUGACCAUCUACAUAUUGGAGGAACUUGUUAAUCUCCCCAAUACCCAAAACUCAAAUAAAAGGGUGAUCGAUAUUAUACAAAUUAUGAGUAACUUGCUCGAUUCGCCCGAGGCUGUAUUGUCACAAGCGCAAACGGAAUUCAUGGCUCCCACAAGAUAUCUACAAACUGUUGAAAAACUAAUCAACGACGCGACACUGGCAAACCUGGAUCUGAGAGCCGUCAAACCGAACCUGGCAGUGUUCACUCAUAAGAUACAACAGGCAAACUUCAGUGGCUAUACUCUUCAUGUCGAACACAUUCAGCGUAAACAAUUCGACCUGGAUUCGGUCUUAUUAUUUGACCAAGAACAACCCUUUAGUGGAACAUCAUCCCUCAUCAUCCCAGAUACCCUGUUACAUGGAUUGACCACGAACGAACUAGAAAAAGUGUCCGGCAUUUCGUUUGCAGUUUUUGUAAAUGCAAAGCUAUUUACGGCAAUAUCAAACACGAAACCAUUAACCAAUGGCGAUUCAAGUUUUCUGAGGACUCCAAACAGCUUAAUAAUAGCUGCAAGUGUUCCAAAUGUUGAAAUAACAAACCUAUCAAAUCCUAUUAUGUUCCGAUUUGAUCACAUAAGUAAGAAUGCUAGGAAUGCCUCAUGUGUCUUCUGGAACCAAAGUGUUAGUGGGAAGAGUGCAUGGUCAAACCAAGGCUGCCGCGUACAAGAGAGCGAUGACAACUCCAGGACAAUAUGUCUGUGUAACCAUUUCACCAACUUUGCUUUAUUAAUGGAUAUCUACGGUACUGGUGACAGCCUCAAUGACAUCCAUAGACAGAUCAUGUCUCUGAUAUCCUACGUCGGCUGCGGACUGUCUGUCCUCGGACUGGUGAUGACAAUAGUGACGUUCUGUGUGAUAAGAAAACUGCGCGGGACCAACCCUUCCAAAAUCCUAAUGAACCUUUGUGUAGCGCUAAUCAGUACAAAUUCAAUUUUCUUGGUUGGACAACAACAGUACGUGCUUGACCAUUCGACAGGAUGCCAGAUAGUGGCGUGUCUACAACAUUUCUUCCUUCUCUCGGCAAUGGCAUGGAUGGUCGUUGAAGCGUUCUACAUGUACCUGGCUUUAGUGAAAAUAAUUCCCAUGCAUAUUUCGAAAUUCCUUUUGAAGUGCUGUGUACUGGGUUGGGGUGUGCCGCUCAUAAUAGUAGCUCUUACGAUGGGGAUCAACAACCAACACUAUGGCCUUCAACCUGGGGAAAUAUGUUGGUUGGACCGGACUCCGUUAUAUGUGGCAUUUGUGGCCCCGGUUAUGCUGAUGGUGGUGAUCAACGGCGUUGUGUUCGUCCUGGUGGCACGUCAACUGUUAGGCGUGCAUUCCGGCAAUCUGUCAAUUACACAUAAAGCUAGCACGCUGACCAGACUCCGGCGAGCAGUAGCAGUGCUGAUUCUACUCGGCCUCACCUGGGUGUUUGCCGUUUUUGCUUUUGAAGGUGCGGGUGGACUCGUUUUCCAGUAUCUGUUCAUCAUCUUAAACUCGCUACAAGGCUUACUUAUAUUCAUCUUCUACUGUGUCCUGAACAAAGACACACGAGACAACUGGAUGAAAAAGUUUCCUUGUCGUACUAAAAAGACCGAUACAGGCAGCACUCAGACAAGUAGAGACGACAGAGGAAAAAGGUAUAUAGUAGCAAACGCUGCUUACUCAUCGCAGGAUAACUUGGGUGAGGCUAACUCAGGAUAACUUGGCUGAAGCUUACUCAGGAUAACUUGGCAGGAGCUAACUCAGGAUAACUUGGCAGGAGCUAACUCAGGAUAACUUGAGUGAAGCAACUGUGUUGUCAAAUCUCGCAGAUGAAGCAACUGACCCGUCGACAGAACUGGAGUGACGCAACUAAAGAAUCGACCUUUAACCACAUAAAUAUGAUGUUGAAUACUUCAUAAAAUAAUACUGUUUUAUCUCGCAAAUGAAGUAUCACUCAGGCCUUUAUAUAUAACUUUUGCGUACAAUAUAAUUCGCAGCCUGUAUGUGCAUCCUGAACUCAUGAUUGAAAAUGUGUUUAUGUGUUAAUAUGUAUAACGGAACUAUCUGUUUUUGAUAUGUUGCUUUGAUUGUUUGGGCUAAUGCUACCAUAAUUGAACAAUGUUUUUUCUGAUCAAGCGAAAGACCUAGAUUCAUGAUACCACGCUGAUAGCUUCCUGGCAUAGAGCCUGAGAAUGUCUGUGAAUAAAAAGGACCUUAACAAGUAUUAAAGGACACCGGGCCAAAUAUGAAAAAUUUAAAUGAGUUCUUUUGAAGAAAAGAAUGGUCUUGGAUAAUCACAUUUGACCAGUAGCAUGCAAAGGAGAGGAAACGCUAUCAAGUUUGUUAAAGCGAUCAUGAAUGACUUUGACCUACUUUCAUGGUCAUUAGGGUCAACGGUGUAAAAACCUGUCGACGAAUUCUUCUGAUUUACCAAAAGUCACUGGGUGAGAUGAUACUUAGCUUGAAUAUUGAAGGUCACAGGGGUCAAAACUGCUAUGAUUUUAAAUGAUUUCUUUUGAAUACCAAAAUGCCUAAGAUGAUGAUAAAGGGUUAAAUAGUGUCUGUAAAGGAAUGAAAUUGACCGACUUUGUAGGUCAUACGGUGCCAAAUGAGUUAAAAUCCUGAAAUGGCUUCUUCUCAAAUAGAAAUUUGCAGGUAGCUUGCUGGGUUUAAGAGCUUCCAAUUUUGUUCAAUCAUAUGACCAUAUAAGACUUUCAAGGUCACUGGAGUCAAAUUUGUUAACACUUUGUAGUACACUUUAUUUUGAAUAACUAAGGUUCAUACAUAGCAUAUAUCUUUAUAUAGUCCACAUAUAUAUAUUUUUUUACCUUGGUAAGUGCCCCGUUACCCCUCUUGCUUUUAUUUCAAUCACGAUGCGUGCCUACUACAUAUUAAUAUGGUUUUUGCUGUCGAACCCAUUUAUAUUGAACUCGGAUACAUCAAAAUACCGCUUAAUUUUAAGAGGAGAAAAUCUUUUGCUGUUUUAUAUAUUUACUUUGUAUUUAAAAUUAUAUUUGUUCAUUCCUCGUUACCAUAACAUAUGUUAAAACAAUAUCGAUUAGAACGGUAGUUCAUCUGGUUAGGACCAGUAGACAAAAUGAAUAGCACGGAAAGGAAAUCACAGGUGUCAACAAGUGUCGGGGUGGCACGCGCUUGUUCUGGUUAUGUCUCACUCGAGACGGUACUGUUAUUGAGUAACUGGACACCAAAGGGUAAGGCAUCCCCAGAGCCAUCCUAAAAAAGGAAACAAUUGAUGGACAAUCGUGCAAAAUUAUCAACAAGCACAAAAUAACAAUCCUGACAAUCUGUUCGCUUCCUUGCGUAACAUUGGUUGGUUUGUAAUAAGGUCGCGAUCUCGUAAACAGUCUUGUAUGGCGGACUAUUUUUCAUUUGUGAGGAUAACUGUAUAUACAAUAUGCAAGUUAAAAACAGGAGAAAAGCAAAUUUAAUGCUUAUUUUGGGUUGUUGUUUUAUAUUACUUUAUGGUCUACAUCUUUUAUAUUGAUAUGAUUAGAAUUUAUCAUAUAUUUAAUAAU